AUAAGAGUUCCUCUCUUCACUUCUUCCUUUCUAAAAAGAGGAAAAAAAAAAAAAAAAAAGGCAACUCUCUUCAAAUACUCGCUCCACAGCCACUCAGGCAGAGAUGGAGGCUGUGGCCGUGCCCGGGGCCAUCCUCGGCCUGAUCCUGUGCUGCGUCGGCGCCGCGGGCAAGUGCACCAUCUCCGUCUCCCAGCCGCCGCUCCUCGAGGUGGACCCCACUCAGGGGGUGGUGACGGUGCCGUGCUCCUUCUCCACAGUGGGGUGCUCCUCCCAGCAGCCCAGCAGCCUGUGGCUCCGCUACGGGGCUCACCAGGCGGAGGUCCUCUGCAUGAACGGGUGCACAAGCAAGGCCGACAAAUUUACAGAGAAGACCCUGGCCCAAAACCAGGUCUCCCUCACCGUCAACCAGCUGACGCCCAAUGACAGCGCCAUCUACGUCUGUGGGAUAGUCUCGCCCAAUUCACCGGAACCGGGGGCCAAGCAGACGGGCGCCGGGACCGUGCUGGUGGUGAGAGGAACCAAAGGCACGACGCUGCAGAGCCUCCUGAUAGCACUGCUGUCCCUGCUCUCCGUCUACGUCGCCGGGGUGCUCGUGACCCUCCUCGUCUUGUCCAGGUCAAAAUUUAACACUCCAAGAAACAAAGAAACAGGAGAUUCACAAAAGAAAAAGAGUGCCAGGCGUAUUUUUCAGGAAAUUGCUCAAGAGCUUUAUAGUAAGAGAUACGUGGGAACAAGCCAAUCAUCUGCAAGUGUAAGUAUGAAAAGAGGUUGUGCAGAUAUAAAGCACAUUUGACCAAAGAACUAAGCUGCCGACGAGGCUGCGGUAACAAUCACGGUUUCCUGUAGAAGAGUCCACAAGAGGGCACCCACAUACAGUAAAUUCUUAUACAGAGUAACCCGCUUAGAUAAAUACAUCACGGGACGUCUGACACAACAGAGACACCAGGCUGGCACCUCAGUCACUGGGCUCUCGGGGGCACAGGAGAGACAGGCUGGGCUUUCACCAGACGGGUGCUUGGGGUUAAAGGCUCCUUUGCACAGUGUGUGUAGCAGACGCCACACAGAUGCUGCCAACACUGGGUCAAGCUCUGUAGCAAACAUUACUUGUUGCUAAUAAGGCAGAAACAGAUUCAAAGAGAAAAGAAGCAGCUAGUGGAAAUACGCUGGGUGUUUUCGGUCUCGGGGCUGGAGCGGUAGGAAGAAUGCUUAGGCAAUACCUGCAACAGCAUCUCUUUAAAGUCCUAUGUAAACAGAUUUUCCAACAAGACGCUAUUUCAGAGCCAGGUGAGCAGGUGCUUGGUCUCCAUGACACACGAUCAGAUGUUCAGAUUUGAAUUAAAAUGAUACAAAAUAAUGAACUUAUGUACAACUAAGGAUAUUUUCCUCUUAAACAGCAGCUAACGGGCAAAUAUAACAGGUUUCUGAAAGAGGUGUGGUUUUUUUAAAUCAAUUUUUAAAAAGAAUUUUCACCCAGGAGAGAAUCCGUCUAAGUAGUCACUUCACCCUUCGCGGUGUGUACAGAUGCAGAGGAGCGGUCUGCCCACCUGAGAGGCCGCUCCGGGUGGUAUAAAUGCCCAUGCACUCGUUUCUCAGCGAGGCUGGGCAUCUUUCCAGCAGAGGCAGAAGCGGCCUGAAGCCAGGCCUGGAAAUAAGAACUAUAACAUGUUUAAGAAGGGUUCUGAAAAAGGCGUCUGAACAGGAAAAUUAACUUUCAUUCCCACAUCUCUGCUAAACACCUGACCUUUAGGAUUCCUGGAGGGGCUCAGGGUGGGGAUGCAGGACAGCACAGUAGUUAAAUGCUGCGCUCAGCCUGGCAUCAUCCGCCGCGUGACCUUAAAUACGCUUGUUUUUACUAACGCAGGAGAAAGACAACACUUAUGAAAACAGGACGGGACUUCACACCCAUGACAGUCCCUAACAAUGGCUUAAUUUUCAGUAAGUCACUGAAAACCCAGAAGCUGUGGUUAAUGGACACAUACCCAUCAGGGCUUACAAACAUAAUCAAGGAUGCGUGGAAAAAACAACUGGCCACAAGUAAGGACGCCGGAGUACAAGAAAAAUACAACUAACAGUAACUACCAAAUAGUCAAACACAAUGAAACUGCAAAUACUUUCCUAACCACUAGAGAAUUCUACACAUUCUAACAUUUUCAAAAAAGUCCGUUUUUAUAGCAUCAUCCUAUAUUGCUUCACUCAACAUGUAAGGAGUGUGAUGACUAUUUCCCUGGAGAUCUGAAGUCAUAUCACAUGCCUGUCUUGAGUGGAGGAAUUGUCUUUAUGGGUUGUGCCAGUGGGAGGCCAGUGAGAUUAAGCUGGGAAGGAGGGAGGGAGGCAGGGAGGCAGGGAGGAAAGUGUCGAAAUCUGA